GCGUACAAGAGCGUUUGGGACAAGCCGCGAAAGGGUUGCAUUGUGUUGUCGGAUUUUAUUUCAAAGUUGAAUUAACGCUGCCUAUCAUAACAAAAAUCUGUUUCUGCAAGGUUCUGUGGUAGAUAUGGCCCGAGGGCACCAGAAGUUCCAAUCCCAGCAGAAAAAUGCCAAGAAGCAAGCAGAGAUAAAGAAGAGCAAAGGUCAUGACCAGAAGGCUGCAGCUAAAGCCGCCUUGGUGUACACCUGCUCUGUCUGUCGGACACAGAUGCCUGAUCCGAAGACCUUCAAGCAGCACUUUGAGAGCAAGCAUCCAAAAUCCCCAAUGCCUCCAGAAUUGGUUGGUGUGGAGGCAUGAGAGACUGGUCCAUCAGUAAGAAGGUUGAAGCAGAUUCUGGAUGAGGCAACUACAUUUUGCCAUGUUUCAGAUAAAAAUAUCCUCAGUGACAUUUAAAUGAUUGGCACGCUGCCUAACAUAGCAACUGAUGUACGACAGUUCAAUGCGGGGAUUGAAACUAUUUGCCCUCUUGCCCAAGGUUUUUGUUUUUCAGUCCUGGUUAUUGUGAAUUUGUCUUCACUUGCCAGACUUAGAAUGGUGGUUAAUAAUGAAAGUGUGAACAUUGCAGGCAAACCUGUGGCAGCUUCGGGCGCCUCCAUAGCCAAAUGGUUACAGCGCAUACCACAUGGUCGCAACUGUCGCCAGUUCGAUUCCAGCCGGCGGCCGUUGUUGCAUGUCUUACCCCUCUCUCCCUCACCAUUUCCUGUCUGCCUCUUCGCUAUCACUGUCUAACAAAGGGGAAAAUAGCCAAAAAGCAAUCUUUAAAAAAACCUGUGGCAGCUUUGUGCUAAAUACGAGCGAGCUGAUCCCUGGUUCUAUGUGGUAUUUCUACCUGAUCCUUUCAAAAUGUUUUGCUCAUAAAGAUCAGCUUAUCCCUGGGUUCCCCUACAACUACUCCAUCUCAGGGCUCCCACUGUUUAAGGACACACUUUGAAUUCAGAUGAAGUUAUGAAUUAGCACUGACUGAACCGAACAGCGUUGUAAUGGUAUUAGGAAAAUCCUCUUAAUAGUGUUAUCCAGUGUACUGUGAAAGCCACAAUGGAUCUAUUGAAUGAAAGAAACUAAUGAUGCACCAGGGUUGGAUCCAAAUGAGAGUUCAUUCAUAAGUACGAAGAACGUUGGAGUUCACUGAAUGAUUGGGAAAAUACUCAUCUGAAAAUACUUUUGAGUUUGUUUGAGUAAAUUUGCAUUUCAAACUAGCAAUGACUCUUUUUUUUUUUCAUCCAAAUAUUUUCAAAGUGGCUAAGUCUAUAGUUAUGUAGUGAAAUGAAAAAUAUAUUGGGGAAGAUGAAUCUGCAUUGGCAUUUAAAGCUGAAAUCUGUGAUGUUCCCUGAUCUGUCCCUCUUUGGUAGUAAGAAACAAACAAGUUGUCACUUAUGUGCCAUCAGCUCAGCAGUAUUCUGUUCCUACCUUUAUAAAAAUGGCACAAAAUAACACACAUCCACCCAUCCAUUAUCCAAACCACUUAUCCUGCUCAUAGGGUCGCAGGGAUGCUGGAGCUUAUCCCAGCAGUCAUUGGGUGGCAGGUGUAGAGACACCCUGGACAGGCCACCAGGCCAUCACAGGGCCACUAACGCAGGCAGUCUAAUGUAUUUUAAACUAUGUUGGGAACACUGUUCUGCUGUAAUAUUGAUUGUAGAAUUGGCAGAUGAUCUCAACAGAAGCAUCUUCAUAUCAUCUUUCAGUCCUUUGUCUUGUCUGAGUAGGAACAUGUUUGCUGCUGCAUCAGUCUUCAUCCUACCCGCUCAAAAAUUUCUACAGCAAUAUAUGGAGAGUUUCUCCAUCCAUAAGAUGCCGGUUAGUAUUAUGUAACCCGACUCCAUGGUCCAGAUGGAUAGAAUAAUUAUUUAUUAAUGGUGAA